AUGACAGAGUACUGCCCUCCCUGGGCCCCCUUCUUCGGCUUUGCCGGCGUCACCGCGGCGAUGACUCUCUCGACCAUCGGCGCAGCGUACGGUACAUCCAAGGCCGGUAUCGGAAUCGCCGGUAUUGGAACCUUCAAGCCUGAGCUCAUCAUGAAGGCCCUCAUCCCUGUCGUUAUGUCUGGUAUUAUCGCCGUGUACGGCCUCGUCGUCUCGGUCCUCAUUGCGGGCAACAUGUCCCCCACGGAGCCAUACUCGCUCUUCGGUGGCUUUGUCCACCUCGGUGCCGGCCUCACUUGUGGCUUGACUGGCCUGUCGGCGGGAUACGCCAUUGGUCUCGUUGGCGAUGCUUGCGUGCGCGCAUACCUGUACGAGUCGAGGGUGUUUGUCGGCAUGGUCCUCAUUCUCAUUUUCGCCGAGGUUAUCGGUCUGUAUGGCCUCAUCGUCGCGCUUAUCCUCAACACGGCGAUCGGCACGCCCGUGUGUGGUGUUGUCGCGUAG